AUUGACAUCAAGUGUUUACAAUAAAACAUAUAUCAUACCAUCACUUCAUAUUAUCAAAUUAUUAUUGCUGUUAAUUUUUAGAUUGCUUUAUUAUCUUUAAUCCUUGCAACAUUUAUUUUUUGCAUUAACAUCAAAACACUUGUACAUUAAACAUGACUGAUCAUAAUUCACUUAAUUCCGUGGAAAACUACGAUCCAUAUGCCCCAGCUGCCAUUUAUGGUGAUGUGGAAGAUCGAACAGAUGCUCAAUCUGAGAUCUCUCAAGGUUCGGCUGCAACUACAGCAAGAUCAUUAAGAAUUACUCGUACAGAAACUAAAAAAUCACUUGUGGAUUUGGGUUUGGGGAAAAAUAUCCCUAUGCCAGAUGUCACUGGUCCUCCAGUGGAAGCUCCUAUCUUUCCUGAAGAAUAUACCCUUGAAACUUCUACUGGUUUAGUGCCUGUACAAACUCUUCAAUCUCUUGGAAGAGUGAAAACCUUGGCCUCAGAAGCUAUAGGUAGUAUACCCGAAGAAGAAAAACCACAAGAUUUGGAUCCAGAUAUCGAGUUUGUAACUUUCCUUAUUGAAGAUCCUGAGAAUCCCCACAAUUGGAGCAUGGCUGUUAAAUGGAUAUAUACCUUUUUACUUUCUAUGCUUGUCAUUUGUGCUGCUUAUGGUUCAUCUUGUUUGUCUGGUGGUUUAGGAACCAUCAAUGAUAAAUUCCAUGUCUCUUCUGAAGUUUCUACUUUGAGUGUCUCAUUAAUGGUUUUAGGUUUUGCUGUCGGUCCAUUAUUAUGGGCUCCAUUAUCCGAAGAAAUCGGUAGACAACCAGUGUAUUUUAUUUCUUUUGGUUUAUAUACCAUCUUUAACAUUCCUGUUGCAUUGGCCAAGAACAUUGGUACUGUCUUGGUUUGUCGUUUCUUGUGUGGGGUCUUUGCUGCUUCUGCUUUGAGUAAUGUCGGUGCAUCCUUGGUUGAUAUGCACAAUGAUACUAGAGGGUUAGCUAUUGCUUUCUUCUCUUUCUGUCCAUACUCUGGUCCUGUCUUUGGUGGUGUCGUCAAUGGUUUCAUUUCUGUCGGUACUGGUCGUUUCGAUCUUAUGGUCUGGGUCAAUAUGGCCUUUGCUGGUGUCAUGUGGAUCAUUGUCUCGCUUAUCCCAGAAACUUACGCCCCAGUUAUUCUUAAACGUAGAGCCAAGAAGAUGAGAAAGGAAACUGGUAACAAAAAGAUUAUGACUGAACAAGAAGCUACCCCAAUGACCUUUUCUGAGUUACUUAAUAAUAACUUGUACCGUCCUCUUAAGUUUGUCAUCCAAGAACCAGUCUUGGUUCUCGUUUGUGGGUUUGUUUGUUUGAUCUACUCAUUAUUGUAUGCCUUCUUCUUUGCCUAUCCAGUUAUUUUCAAUGAAUUGUACGGAUACAAGGACAAUCUUAUUGGCUUGAUGUUUAUUCCUAUCUUGAUUGGUGCAGCUUUUGCCCUUUUCACAACUCCUAUACUUGAAAAGCAGUAUGCCCUCAUUUGCAAAAGAAGACGUCCUACUCCUGAAGAUAGACUUCUUGGUGCUAUGAUCGGUUCUCCUUUCCCUUGUAUUGCCUUAUUUAUCCUUGGUGCCACAUCCUAUAAGCAUAUUAUUUGGGUCGGCCCAGCCUCUUCUGGUAUUGCUUUUGGUUAUGGUAUGGUUUUGAUUUACUACUCAUUGAAUAAUUAUAUCAUUGAUACUUAUGCCAAGUAUGCUGCCAGUGCUCUUGCUACCAAGGUCUUUUUAAGAUCUGCAGGAGGUGCCGCAUUCCCAUUGUUUGUCACCCAAAUGUACCAUCGUUUGGGUUUACAAUGGGCCAGUUGGUUAUUAGCCUUCAUUUCUCUUGCUAUGGUUGCCAUCCCUUUCACUUUCUACAAAUUUGGAGCUGGUUUGCGUGCUAAGAUGUGUCGUGAGGAUUAUACCGCAUACCACUUCGAAGACGAGGACUCCAAAGAUGAAAUCUCUUCGCUGUCUUGAGAAAUUUCAUCAAUAUAGUUAAUAUCAAGACACUUAUAUAUAUAUAUAGAGUAUUUAAAAAAAUUUUACAUUUGCAUUUUAA